UCGACGAGGAGUUGGCGCGUCCUUUCGCGGUCACAGACGUCACGCUACGACUCGCGUCUGACCACGACGCCAUGUGACCGUCUCAAUCUACUUGAAUCUGACACCACGAUGGAUGAACCGUAACCGAGCUCGCUCCAAUCGUGUCGCAUUCUUAUUUGACCGCCAAAUGGUUGCGCGAACCAGCGAUUGCCGGCGCCAAUAUUUUUAAAGUCGGAGCGGUAAUCGAAGAAUCGAACGUUCGACGUCGAACGAUCGAGGCUCGCGCGGCGAUCGAUCGUGUCGAUGAUCCGUCGCGUAUCGAACGGUGUCGAACGAUGAUCCCCCGCGUAAAAGGAAAACGAGUGAAGUUCGCUAGUGACUGUCGACUGGCUGUCACGUGUUUGGGAUAGAAAAAAGGCCGCGUGCUCGGGGCACGGUUUACGCGCGUGUGCGUGAUGUUACUAUGUGAGACAAUGCGGCGGGGUGUUGGAUACUGUAAUCUGUUGAGGUGCAAAUUCUUCAUCCUCCUGGUCCUGGUCGGGUGCAGCGAUGGAUACCUGAACAUCUUUAUCAGCCAGUCCCAGGUCAUGAAGCUCCUGGGACUCGAAGCUGAGCUGUACUACGUCAGAGAAGGGGUGGUCAAUACCUACGCGAUGAACUUUGUCGUUCCUGUGCCAGCGAACAUCGCGGACCUCGAAUUUUCCUGGCAGAGUCUCGUUGGACACCCGUUACCCUACUCGAUGGAGCUGGAUUACGACGUGGUGGGUGUCCCAGGCGGCGCCUCGGAGAUGAUGGCCCUGCUUCCUCCCAGAGUGAAUGUGUCAGCCCGAGGAGAAGUGCCAGUCACGUUACAAGUCUUCAGGAUCAGGCUGCCGUGCUCGGGUCUCGUGAGCGCCGAGAUUCCUCUGGCAUUGAGGUUGAACGUCACUGCUCCACCUGGGACCAGAUACAACGACACAAUUUUGGUUUUCAAGAGAAAUAAAAUUUGCUUCAAAGGAGUGGAAGCGCCUCCAAGAAAUGAUUCUGUUCGUUUGGAGCCAGGACCUCUAGUAAACGGUGCGGGGGCUCUUUAUGUCGCCGCGACGUGUGCAUGCGCCUUAAUAUUGGUCGUCGGUAGCGUGGCGAGCGCUCUGUACAUUCGCAACAGCAAGGCACGCAUUCAAGAAUCGCAGAAAACGCUGCCCUGCUGCAGCUAUUCAGCGGCAGACACCGGCGGCCUGGCCAGAAGUUCUGUUCUGGUUAGGGUCGACCCACGACCCGGAAGCGCGAAUUCCGGAAGUUACGCGACCAUUGCGGACCUGGAGCCACUCUAUGCGAGGCCGUGCGGUUCCAGGGCGAGUUACUACGCUUCCAGCCAUGUGACGCAUCUCAGCCAGUCGACCGAUCCUUGCGACAAGGCCAGGGCACUGGCUGUGUCGAGGUCCUCGUUAUACUGCCGCAAUCUCGUUCAGGAGGGCACAUUUGGACGCGUUUAUAAGGGCACCCUGGAUCUGGCUGGUCGGGACCAGGAAGUCAUCAUAAAAACAGUGACAGAAGUGGCGUCGAGUUAUCAGGCGUCUCUGCUGGUGGUGGAGGGCUCGCAACUUGCGGGAUUAGUGCAUGCAAACAUAGCCUCGCUCGCGGCGGCCUGCCUGGACAGCUCUUGUCCAUUGUUGGCGUACACGAGCACGUCCGGCGAGGUGAACCUGAAGCUGUACCUUACCGACGGGAACCACCAUCCUGUGACCAGGGAUCUCGUGCACGUUGGCGCGCAGGUUGCCAGGGCAGGGGCAUUCAUGCACGGUCGUGGGCUUCUACACAGGGACAUCGCAGCCCGAAAUUGCCUGAUCGAGCCAAGCAGUCUUCGCGUGCGAUUAGCCGACACUGCUCUGGCGCGAGAUCUCUUCCCUCAGGAUUACCAUUGUCUAGGCGAUAACGAGAACAGACCCAUUCGUUGGAUGGCCUUGGAGACCCUCCAGCACAGUCAGUACAGCACGGCAACGGACGUGUGGUCAUUCGGAGUGUUUCUCUGGGAACUGGCGACGCUGGGCCAGCAACCGUACGUCGAAGUGGACCCAUUCGAGAUGAUGGCGUGUCUUCGCGAUGGCUACCGACUGGCUCAACCUAGACCGUGCCCCGACGAACUCUUCGCCGUGAUGGCCGUUUGUUGGCUAGGCCUCUCCAGGGAUCGACCGACCAUGCCCCAGCUCCUAGCCUAUCUGCAAGACUUCCACGACGCUCUCGGCGGGUUCAUAUAAAACAUUCGCACCUGAAUGCGUGGUUCCUUGAGAAUAAUUAAUGUAUCGGACAAAAAUCGUUUCGUACUCAGAUAGAAUUAAAACGAGGAUCUCGUCCAGAGAGAGGGAGGAUGAGAUACGUAGAUCAGGCUUGUUCAACUGGACGUGCGAUGAACAAAAGCACCCUCUGUCAAAGGGAAAACUGAGAGCAAUUCUUCAUGUGGUCAAUAAGUAACCCAAUGCAAGGCAGUCUAUGGGUUAGGCUUCUUCCUCUUUCACACGUCACAUCCUACAUAGGGCCCAGUGGUAGGUGCCUGAUGUCUAAUUCAGAACCCAGACUCUAGUCCUGUCCACCAUCUUUUGCGUAUUUUGACUUAAGCGCCGCGGUAUGCUAGAAGUAUAAAAGGAAAAUAUUGUACAGUUACAAUUAUGGAAACCAUGCAUGAGAGUACGCAUGGCCUAGUCACUUGUGAGGAAACACGCAAGAUCACAAACUCUGUCUACUUUUGACCCGAGGUGUAACUUGUACAAUGACGUUCGGGAUGUAAAACGAACAUCGUCAAGGACGAUGUACGUCAUAAAUAAGGACGAAACCCUCCGAGAGCGCGAGCACGUACCAGUGCUCGUAAAUCUCGAUCAAGAACGAACGUGGACAUGAAAUCGUACGAGAGAAGAGCGAAAAAUCACUGCCCAUUUGCGAUUAUUGAUUGCCAACGACAAUACGCGUCCUCAUUCGUGGGAUGGGCGUAAUCGUUUUCGAAAUUCCGUUUCGAGGACACCGGAGAAUCAAAACAGGAGAUCGUCGACCGAGCGGCGCCGCAAUUUCGUGGAUUGGAACGACUCGAUUAGGGUGACGAACGGCUCGGCGAUAGGAAGAUCGACGCGAAUACAUCCGUCCAUAGCAGUUAAACAAAGAAAAAAAAAAAAAAAGAAUCCACUCGAAGCGCACAACAUUUUUUAUAGCUUGACAGGUGAACGCGACGCAGCAGCAGAAACCGCGACGACGCCUGCGUCCCGGCAACCGACGCCGCUCGUCGCAAGAGCCGCGACGUCAUUGCUCAGGCGCAUCAUGGGAAUUCUUCGUUUGGAAUAGGGCCGGGGCUAGUUUACCAAUUUUUUUUUUUUUUUUUUUUUUUUUUCGUUGAUUAUGACAAUAUUCCAAGAUUCGUGUGAUUCGGUGAAUGUAACUCGAAUACUUGAGUAUUGGAUAGAAAUUGAAUAGUCGAGUCUUCUAACGGUACUCGAGUAGUCAAGUGUUCGGGUACUACUCAAAUAUUUGAAGUGUUCGAAUACGAACAAUAAGGUAUUCGGAUACCACUAGAAUAUUCGAACAUUUGAAUAGCUUUCGAAUGCGUGACUUAAGAGUCCUGUUUGAAUACUCGAGUAUACGAAUAUUCUGUGCAUUGACAAAGUAUUCUUUACGUACAACCAGAACAUGUAAUUUACAUAUUAAAUAAAGUUAUUCUUUAUUUUAAUAUUUCAUUGUAUAGAGGUGAUUACACUGUAAAGGAUUUCCUGUAGCGUGCCAAUCUUAAAUCGUAAAUCGUAAAAAGAAAAUUCUCAAACACCACAAAAAUGUUUGGUGCUCCAGGCGCGUGUAUCUCUUAAAGAUGGAUUAAAUCGUGGGUCAUCCUCGAAGAGGUCCAAAGUGUUUCCUGUCGGCCGACUGCGCGAAAGCACGACUGUUCAAUAGUUAUUUAUCAACAAUUCGCGAUUGCGAAGGUGAUCGUAUGUGGAACAACGGAGAGAGCAAAAUCAAAGCUCGGAACACGUAGAAAUCUUUAUUGUCGUGUCUGACCUUCGGUAGGCAUAUGCUGUUGCGUAAAUGGGCGGUCGAACUAUACGUACUCGUAGUUAUGUAUCUAUUAGCCACACCGCGCAAGUCACUUUAAAUAUCCACGUCUCGCGUCAGGUUGCGCGAAUUAUGCAAGUUCGCGACGUCGUGGUUUUCGCUGAGCAUUUAACAGAUUUAACCCUUUGCGACCUGGCGUUAUCAUCCUACGCGUCGAGCGAAUAGAACCGAAAGUAAGAACCAUCGUUUGGCGACCCAUUUCAAUCCACACGUGGACAUGGAUGAAGUACUUAUUUUAAUAAAAUAUCCGAUAAAGGGAAUAAUGAAUAAGUGUAUUUGUUUAACGAGUAAAGAUUGAGUGUAUUUAUUCGAUGAAUGAAGAUAUUAUAUUUAUUCAGCUUCAGCUUCGAAUAAUGUUUUCGCACCUCCUCGUAUCUUUAUUCGAAGGAUUCGAAUAAAUCCCGUAAUUCCUAACAAAGUGUCGCUAUUCUCGUAAAUUAAUUUAAACUGCGUCGAGUGUAACAAAGGUCGCAAAGGAUUAAUCGAAAGCAACGGUUCGAACGAUACUGUUCGGAUAUAUUUUGUGUCUUUUAUGCGAGCUGCUUUUCAAAUUAGGCGCCACGCGUGGAUCGAGCAACUACUUACCCUCUCGAAACGGGUACUUUUGUAUCUUAAGUAGAUUUGUAUUUAUUCAUUGGGACCCUGCCAACAAGUAAAUGAGUUCUAUCUAGUCAGUCUUCGAAAGUUAGUAUUAAUUGGAAGUUAUCUCAUCUACGAAAAAAGAUUCAUUUUGUACAUUUAUUCAUUUAUUUAUUAUCACGGUUCCAAUUCUAGCUUUGAAACUGGACUUUGAUGUACAAAGGGUUGGAAGACAUUCUCGAUAGCGCAACGCUAUAGAUCGAUCGAGGUGGGCAGAAUAAUUUUAUUCGAACAGUAAAUAACGAAUAAAAGCUCUGUACAGCAAUUUAUUCGCAACUUUAUUUAUACGUUCAAACCGAAAUAUACUUCGCACGUACAAUUAAAACUCUAAUUUGGAUCGAACAAACAACGAACCGAAAGCCGUUUAUCUUUCAUUCGUUAUUCGAGAUCCUUUAUUUAGACGCGAAUUUCGCCCACCUCGGCUCGAAGUUCUCGAAGCCGGCGAUAAUCGCGGCAGAAAAUUCCUGAAAAGACGCGAGAUGACGUAACGCACACGUUUUAAAUGUACUCGAUGUGUAAAUGUCGCAUGUUCCUGACUACGACCAUUAACUUUAUCGCACUCUCUCUUUUUCGUCCCUUUCCCCCAAGCUCCCUUUUACGACUAUACUUCGACAUUUAUACAGAAGGCCCCGUGUCUACUCUGGGGCCUCGUAAACUAUCGCUACGAGCAUUCCACUACUAAUAAUUAAUAUUACUACUUAAAGUAACUUAUCGCUCGCCACUAUUUAUUACGACGUCCUAAGAGUUCACUUAUUUCGCGAAAUCGUCGUCACUAUGAUAUAUAUAUAUAUAUAUAUGUCCCGGUAUUCGUUAUUCGUUGGAUGUCUUUUUACGAUAUUAAUGGAGGAACAGGGUAGGCUAGCGCUGCACACUUUUUCGCUAUCGCUGUACAAUUUGGAAAAAAAGAAAAUGCCUCGUGUUUCCCACGCCGAUGUUACUCCUCUUUCGUCCCUCCUUCUACGAGGGCUCUACGCACGGAUAAAAAAAAAAAGAAGGAAAAAAAAAGAAAAAAGUAAAUGGCGGGGGAGAGCUUUUUUCGAUGCACGUCCUCUGAUUCUCGAUCUCGCCGACAACCCCCUGAACGCAACCGAAGACCUCAUCGAGAGACAGUUCCAGUCACUGUAAAUAUCUCUAGCGAAUAAUAGUGGUGCGCCGAGUGAGUUGAUUUGUGCAGAUUCUAUUAUUUCCUACGACGAUUUACGGCAUUAUUUUUCAACGGAAAGUGAAAUAUACGUGUUAAAAAAAGGAAACGAUA